AUGAACCGCGACGACCCGCCGAGUGUUAGCCGCUCCCGCUCGAAUAGCGGUCGAGCUGGCUCGAGACGCGAUCCGGCCCGGGCCGUCGACCCGAAAUUCGCGGUCCCCCGCCCCCCUGCUCCUGAGAUGGGAGCCGGCGAAGCCCUGUAUGACUCGGGCUUACAGCGCACCGUGUCCGACCCCGGACUGUGUCGCCCGCGUAUCAACGUUCCCGCACCUCCGGAGACGCCGACUGUGGGCGCGCCUUCCGCCGCGCGACAACAACAACGACCACCUCAUAGCCGACCAACAGAGACGCCCAGUUUGAGCCUCCAAAGUACUAUGGAGGACCAUCUUCAGGCUCUGCGGGCGGGAUCGCCCGACACCAUGGACGCGAUGCUUCGGUCCCUGACCGGGGACGUCCCUCCUGCGCCGCGAGGCAGCCCGAGAGCUGUGCUUUAUUCCGAUGCGGUAACUUACGCUAUCGUUCGGAAGCAAGUUGCUUUCUCGGAUGGCCUUCACGCGGCGGUCAGGGAUUACCUAGACAGGGUCGCGGCUAAGCUGAAGUGUGAGGGCCUGCUCAGCACGCCGCUAACAGAAGAAGAGGCUGCACUUGCGGAGAGCGCUAUGGCGCGUUCUACUCCCCUACGCCGCCCGCGAUCGGCCUCUCCCGACGACCCCGACCGGGACUCCAAGAGGCACUGUGUCCCGCCGCCUUCGAGCUCCCAGCCGCUGCCGCAGCGGGACCCCCGCCUGCGGCGAAGACUCACCCUAACAACAGGGAACACCUCCGCCACCACCACCACCGCCGCUGAUGUCGCCGAGCCUGCAGCGCGUCCCACGCCUGCCGCGCGAACUGCGCCCACCCCGAGCGCCGCGCUUGUCUCAAGCGCCGCGCCUGCCUCGAGCGCCGAGCCCGCUACAUCAAACGACGCACCCCUAUCGUACGCGCAGCUCGCGGCCGCACCUGCCGCGGACCGCCGCCCUGCAUCGCCGCGGCCACAGCCAGCCGCCACCACUACCGCCGCCGCCGCCGCCCCCCGCUACCCGCCGCUGGUAGUAGAGGUCCUGCCCGACUGGACGACCCACUUUCGUGCCCUGAGGGACCGUCUCGGGCACGCGCCGAAUGCGCGCCCCUUUGGCAGAGGGGUGCGCUUCUCACCCAAGGACGGGGAGGAGUACCGCAUCGUCCAGCGGUACCUGACGGAGCUGGAGAAGAACCAGAAGGUGUCGUGGUUCUCCUACUCGCUCCCCGCCGAACGAGACCUCAAGGUGGCGAUCCGGGGCCUCCCGGCUGACACCGACCCGCAGCUCAUCAUGCAGGAGCUCAAGAGCCUGGGGUUCGAGCCCGAGCACGCACAACGAAUCCAGGCGUCCCAGGGGCGUCCCGGGUGCCUCUUUCUGGUCAUCUUGAAGAAGACACCGGGCCUCACUCCAGCCAUUUUCAACCAAGAAGAGCUCCUGUGCAUGCCGGGCGUAACUGUGGAGGCGUGGCGCGGCAAACGCGGGCCCGCGCAGUGCCACAGAUGUCAAGCGUUCCGGCACUCUUCGCACCACUGCCACCGUCCCCAGGCCUGCGUGCGAUGCGGCGGCGAGCAUCGUGCGGCAGACUGCCCGCGCCCGCGGGACGAGCCCGCAACCUGCGCCAAUUGCAAAGGCGCGCACCCGGCGAACCACUCGUCGUGCCCUGUUCGACGCGCCGAGGCGCGCAACAAAAAGGCGGGCACGGUGGCCUCCACCGCCGCAAUGAAGCAGCGUCAACCCCCGAAGACAGCCCCGGAAGCCGAACCGCCGACCCGUCGAGGGCCGCGGGGCGGCAAGAAGAGGAAGCAAGGCGGAAAGGGACAGAGCGAUACCGCCCCCCGCCCCCCGACGGCGCAACUGCGUCCAAUCAGCGCCGCCGACAUGUCGACCCGCGCUCAGCGGUCGACCCCGCACCCCGCACUCCGCGCCGACGACCGGCCCAUAGCGCUGACCCACGCAGCACUAGCAUCGAUUGUGGAGGCAGCCGUGCAGUCGGCGCUUGCCGCCACCCAAACCGCAGGGGAGAAAAUCGCGCCGAUGGCGGCGCAGACCUCUCGCGACGCCCCGACUCGAGACCGCCGCAACUAG